AUGACAACUGUAAGUUCUCUUAGCGAAUUCCCCAGUGAUGAUGAUGAUGGUUCACGGAACGAAACCAACAGUUCAACCACGGAAGUUGUGUACUCGCCACAGUGGAACCGUAAGAGUAAUAUGAAAAUGAUACCCAAUAAACAGCACAAGAAAAACAAUAAAAGUAUUGCUGAUAUUAUGGAAUCGAACAAACAGUCAUCUUGGUGCUCUUCAAAACUCAAGAUUUCUAACGAGGAACCUCGGUCAUUUCAGCGGUCGUCGUCCGCGCUUACGUCGCUCAACAGUCCGCCCAUUGACGAAAGCACUCAUCAAACUAUUUCCCAAUCAAAUCAAAAGCCAUUGACAUCAUAUUAUAGUUCUUCGUCACAAGUCACAAGUUCUGACGAUUUCUUAAAAAACAAUCCAUUCGUCAAUAGGUUAAGAAAUCCAUCGGUAGCGCAAGAAUAUGGACAUUCGUAUUUUGAUACGAACUGUUCGUCCACAGACAGUAGUCGAAACUCUAAUUUCGAUCAAUUUUUCCCAAAAAGUUCGACGACUGCAGAUUCGUUUUUCGAUAAUUUGGAAUCUCGAGUAGAACGUAAACCAUCUUUAGAAAUGCAGUCAAAGUAUAUUUCGGAACAUCGAUUUCAUUGGUCGGAAAAUAUAGAAUAUUGUUCUCCGUGGGUGAGACACAGGGCUAAAGAAAUCGCUGACCAUGUCGACGGACUUGGACUUUUUGAAGUGAAGAAAAAAUCUGAGGUAUCAGAAAACGAUUCCAAGAAAAUGCACAACGAUUUGAAAUCUGAGGUCGUUCACGAAGACAGUGAGAAAAUCGACGACGAUAUCACGUACAAAAUUGCAAGUAAAUUGUGUGAUACGUUUUUAAAACACGACGAAACGAAUGUGUUGGAUAAUAAUCAAUGUCCAAAUGAUGAAAACUUCAAAUGGAGUAAACUCUACCAAAAGCUUAUAAAUUAUGGGCAACUUUAA